AUGAAUAAUAUAAAACCAUUGGGCAGUCAGAGGUCACCUAUGAAGUUGGAAGAAGUGCCGUCAGUACUACGAAAGCUGCGUGUUCGAAUUGAUUUUUUCGAUCGGCAGUCAGUUGAUGUAGACGCUGUUGUUCAGGACAAUCUUCCAGGUGGAUUUUGUAUUGGAACUGUUGUGGGUUGUCACGGUACACCGGGCUCACAUAACGAUUUUAAAUAUAUCUUGCCAUAUUUGUACAAAUAUGGAAUUCGUUUUAUAGGCAUUAAUUUUCCUGGUCAAAGCUAUACCCCACAUCACGAAGGACUAAGUUAUACUAAUGAGGAGCGUAUGCAGUUUGUUCAAAAAAUCAUCAAUUUAAUGAAUGUCAACAAUAACAUUGUCUUUUUAGGCCACAGCAGAGGAUCAGAAAAUGCCCUUCGGUUGGCCGCAAGAAAUCCGGAUCGAUGUAAAGGCGUUGCAUUGAUAAAUCCAAUAGGUGUUAUGGUUCAUCACAGCAUUAAGCCUACAUGGAUAAUCCCUUUGGAUUGUGGCUUUGGGAAACUUUUUCAAUUGCUGAAAAUGAAAGUAGAAAGUGGUGAUGAAGCUGCAAUUUGUCUAAAAUUAAUAGCUAAUAUCGACCUGACUGGUCAAAUAGGUUAUAUCAGUAUGCUGAAUAACAACAAAACAAAAGUUUUAAUAGCUUACUCAGCUAUGGAUCAUCUCAUCGAAAUAUCAGUCAGUCAACAAUUUGCAUCUCUUUUUGAUAAUAUCAGUCAUGUGAGUUGUCCAUCAAUAGAAGGAGACACGUCAAUUCUGGAUUAUAUUCCGAAACAGUAUGCCGAAUCAGAUCGAUCUUUUUCGAUAUGCUUCGAAAACGAAGGCCAUUAUUUACAAAAAUAUCAAUCAAAAUUCAUUGCCAACUGCACGCAUUAA